ACCGGACGGAGGAUCAGCUUGCACCAGGAGGCUCUGCUGAUAUUGCGGAGGCCAUCGCAGGAGUGCAUGACCGCGCCGGACAUCCCGGGGUUCGUCGGACACUGUACUUUGCACGGCGUGACAUUUCAAAGGACGUGACGCGAGCUCAAGUGCAAAAUGUGGUGAGCCAGUGUGACGCAUGCCGCUCAAUCGAUCCGGCGCCAAUGAAGUGGAGGCAUGGCUCGUUGGAAGUGUCUGACGUAUGGAAGCGACUGGCAAUUGAUGUAACGCACUACCGGGGCCAGUCGUUUCUCUCGGUUGUGGACUGUGGACCCUCGCGGUUCUGUCUGUGGCGACACCUGAGUCGUCCGGACGCUGAUGUCACGAUCGCUCAGCUCGAACAGAUCUUCUUCGAGCGCGGGGCACCUGAGGAGCUGCUUUGUGAUAAUGACACCAUCUUUCGCAGUCGGAGUUUUGCGGCUUUUGCAGCGAGGUGGGGCGUGCGUCUUCGAUUUAGGGCGGUUCAUGAGCCGGCUGGCAAUUCGAUAGUUGAGCGGAACCAUCGCACGAUCAAGGUCAUUGCUGCGCGAAAACAAUGCUCGGUGGCCGAGGCAGUCCACCUGUACAAUGUAACGCCGCGCGAGGGUGGAUCUGCACCCGCGAGUGUCGUGUUCCGGUACAAUGUGAGGGACAAUGUGCGGCCCGCUGCUGCACCGCCGGCGCCCAACCCCGUACCAGUGAACAGUGAGGCAGCCGCGUAUCGUGUUGGCGACCCUGUCUGGGUACGUCGUCGGGGAACUCGGUGUGUUGAUGCGUCGCGUCCCGGCACGGUGUCUGAUGUCGUUUCUGAGCAGGUCGUAGAAGUCGAUGGAGUGCCGUGGCACGUGAGAAAUUUACGCCGACGGAAUGCCGCCGUCGAGGAGGGGCCCGUUAGUGAGGGCGACAGUGAGGGAGAGAGGGACGGUGAGAGUCUGGUCAUUACCGUGCCGGUGGUGAAUGAUGCGGGCUCAGAGGGGAACAGUGGGCCGGAAGUCGUGGAGGGAGAGUCAGCUGAGAUUGUGGGCGAGGAGGAGCGACAGAUUCCACGUAGAAGCGAGCGGGAACGUAGACAGGCCCAGUAUUUCCAAUCGAUGGGUUGAUCCUUUGAGAUCAAGGGUGGAGUGUAGUUUCAGUGAUGCUUUUCGAUGCUAAGUGAUGCUUUCCGCGAUGCGAGUCGGAUGGACUUCGCUCAGGCGGUGUCAGGUCGCUGCCGCCGGGGCCAAGCUGUGUCCGGGCAGGCGGUGAGUCAGUGAGCAAGAUGGACUGACGGUGUGAGGGUGCGCGCUGAGGAAUACAGAAUCUACACAUUUACAGAACUUCAGAGACGAUAUCGCCAAAAUGCAUUAUCUUUGAUGCACAUCGCGAGCUACAAGUUCGCACUGGCGACGACUUGCUGCAAUAGCCUUCCUGGGUAUGUACUGAGUUUGACAAAGAGGGUAAUAUAAAAACCACCUUUUUUCUCUUGGCGGAGGUAUAUAAAGGAAGUGAAUUUUCCACCAGUGCAUCCGUGCUCGGAGGAGGAGCUUCGGCGUCAGACCAGCUGCCAGGAGCAAGAAAGCACACUGAAAGAGCGUACUGAACACAGCGAAGGCGGGUUGAAAGACAAAGAAAGAACACCGAAAAGGCGCUGAAGAGUCAAAAGAGUCCAGGAAGAACACCAGAGUAGAGCCGAAGAAGAGGCGAGGUAGUGUGACAGGAACUCAGAAAAACGCUGGAUGAGCAGCGAGGGGACACCGCGACAGCUCUGAAGGACCGCUGAACGGACAUCGAGAACACGGCGAAAGACACCGGAGCAGUCUCCUGGAAAAGUGAAUUGGAACGCUGC